UCGCGAACUCACUUGGCGACCAAGGUAUUUUGGAAAUGCAGACACUUUAAAUGAAUACUAAUAUUAUUUCGACUGUAGUCAACUUGAACAUCGCUGCGAGCGAUGGAUAGCAACAUCAAACCACAGCUUGCUUCACAACAAGAUUCUGCUCUCUUCACCUUCUCUGCAUCACUUGCAAAGUGAAGGCGCACUCGACAGAAUUCCCUUUUGAUCCUCACGCACCCCACUUAAGCAAAUCAACUCCUUCCGACAUCGCCAUGGCACCUCCGCGAAAGAAACCCCGUACUCGUGCUGGUCCUAAGGACGACCCUGCCGAUGAGCAGUCUGCUGGCAUCCUCGCGGACUUUCGCACCUCCUGGCUUCUUAAGUAUGCGCAUCUCUUUCACCUCAAGCUCAGAGGCCAUUCCAACCUUGCGCUGGGGAAUAAGAGUCACUGACCUAUAUGCAUGCACAGGAAUGAUGAGCAGCUAGUCGAGCUCAAGGUGAAAGGCGAAAUCUUUCAAGUCGCCAAGAACGUCCUAACCAAGAACUCGGAGUACUUCGAAAGCUGUCUCAACGGUCGCUUUGCCGAGGCCAAAAAGGGAGGCGUUGAAUUUAAUGACGAGGACAUCGAACCGCGAUACCUCGCUCUCUACAUUGGGGUCGCCUACAGUCACUCCUCUAUUGUCCCACAUGCGCAUCCCCGUCCUGCCCAGAGUCCCGAGGCAGCACCUAUCAAGACUCCUAUGCGAGACUAUGUCGAAGUCUACAAGCUUUGCGACCGCUUCAUCAGCCCCAGCAUGGGUGAAUUCAUUGCCCGCUGCAUCGACGUCGCCAUCGGCAAUGGGCACCGCGCCCUCUACCGUACCGAGGCCGACCAAGGAACGCAGAAACUACUCAUGCGCGACUUUGCCGACGGCUACGAGGCGCUUAACAUGCAGCACAGUUCCCAGGCUGAGCUUGGCGACCGGAUGAUCACCUACUUCUGCGAGGGGGUCAGCUACAAAGCUUGGAUUGAGACCAUGGAGGAGCUUCGCGAUCGUCCCAAGUUCAUUGGCCAUGUUUCUCGCGGCUUUGCGACCAAGCUUCAGGAGCUUCAGGUCGGCCGCAAACUCAAACGCAAGGAGUGGGCUGGACCUGGCGUUGCCUAGGAUGACAACUUUCGCGGUGGGAGAAGAAGACGAUGAGCUGCUUCGGGAGGAAAGGUAUGGUCAUUCGAGAAAGGUUCUGGUGACGAAGAAUACCCAAAUGUUGAUAUGAUGAUGAUGCUAAGGGGAAUGAUAUUUGGAACCAUUGCGAAGGAUGCAUGGAGAUGCAGCGUUACCAGUCGCUAGCAAGCAAGUGAAAUGAGACUUUUCAAGAACAUGUCAUAAUGACAUAUACCGUAAAAGAAUUCAAUUGGCGUUGCCGUAGUUGCCUCUGCAGAGCUUCAUGUUCAGUGGUU